UGAUUGGGAGUUUUGAUUUAAUUCUCUUACAACUCAGGAUGUCUACACCACCUCUAGCAGGGCCAGGAUUGCCUCCUGGUCCAUUUUCUGGGCCUCAGGGUCAGGCUGCACGAGAAGUGAACACAGCUUCGUUGUGUCGCAUUGGUCAAGAGACUGUGCAGGACAUUGUAUUCCGCACUAUGGAAAUUUUCCAGCUGUUAAGAAAUAUGCAGCUUCCAAAUGGUGUCACCUAUCAUACGGGCACAUAUCAAGACAGAUUAGGAAAGCUGCAAGAACAUCUGCGCCAACUCUCAAUACUGUUUCGGAAACUGAGAUUAGUAUAUGAUAAAUGCAAUGAAAAUUGUGCAGGACUUGAACCCAUUCCAAUAGAGCAGCUUAUUCCUUAUGUGGAAGAGGAUGGCUUUAAACAUGAUGACCGAGGAGCCACCAACCAGCUACUCUUUGCUAGUGAAGAAAGACGGGAAAUCAUGGAAGUUAUCAAGAUUGUAAAUAACAUGGUGGCUCAUGUGGUUAGAAUACUAGUUUGACAAGCAGCAAGCCUGCUUUUGAGACCCAAGUUCUACCAUGGGGCAGAAACUGAAACAGAAGAAUCAACAGCUGAAGCAAAUCAUGGAUCAAUUGAGGAAUCUCAUUUGGGACAUAAAUGCCAUGUUGGCAAUGAGGAACUGAACACGUUUUCUUUCUAUCUCAUUAUGAUAUUUGAUGUCAUUUGUUACAGAAGAAUAACUUUUUAAAGAAGACCAUGGGUAUUCAAUUGUACUUUAAAUAAUCAUAUAUAUGUUUGUUAUACUUUGGUUAUGUAUAUUUAAGCCUUGAAGUUCUAGGCAAUGAAUAAAUUCAAUGUAAGCUUUAAUUUUCAGAUCCAGGAUGGACAACUUUUAUUUUUUGAGGUUUGGGCAACUGUUUCUUUCAUAUGAAAAUAGUAUAAAGUUUAUUUCAUGAAGAAAAUGAUGUGACUGCUUAUUGUACCCUAUGGCUAUUAUUAAGUGUUGUACCUUAUGAUUCUUGACUCUUGAUGAACGCAUCUUUUCUUUUUUGUACACUGAGAGCAUUUGCACCAAGACAAAUUCCUUGUGUGUCCAAUCACACUUAUCCAAUAAAGGAUUCUAUUCUAUUCUAAAAAAAUAAUAAUCCAAAGAAUAGUUUGUCCUAGAAAAUGUGUGCUUGUUCUCAACAAGAAGUGAGCUGGAACAAAUCAUGUAAUUCUGGCUUCAUCUUCAUACACUGCUAGAAUGCACCAAUCUGCACGACCAACUUAACUGCUGAUGAUUGAAAGCCUAGCACUCAAACAGGAAAGAGGAAAAUGUCACGGAAAGUUUUAGCAGAAUGGAGAAUGUUUUAUUUUUAGCAAUGGUGAAUAUGAUUUGAAUUUUGUCUUAAUUUAAAAUAAUUUCCAACGGUUGCCAUCUUUCUUGGUUGCAACUAAAAUGGGCAAAUGAACAUGAGAGCACAACUUAUUUAAAGACUUCAGAAUUAUAGAGGCCAGCCAUGUUGCAUCACCCAGGGGAUCAGAACACGACAGCAGAGGCUACCUCCCCACCUCCCCUUUUAUCCUCUUUUCCCCAAGAUGGUCAGAAAUGUUUCAGAAAAAAAUACUAGCCUCUCAUCAACCUACCACCUUAACGUCGUAAAAAUGAUUUUUUUUUUCAUUACAGUUGAUUAAUGACAUCCUGCCUGACCUUAAUAAAUACAUUCAAGAUUGCCUUCUUAAUUGGAUGCCUUUUAAAGUGCCUAACACUAUUUUGGUAGAACUUUCUGGAAAUUGAAUGUCUUUGAUAUAUUUUUAAAUGCAUUGAGCCCUUUU